CACCGCCACCACCACCACCACCACCACCACCACCACUACCACCUCCUCUACCAAACUAUCACCCCGCCACCCCUCCUCCUCCUCAAUCAGCCUCCCUCCCCAUUCUCUUGCACCCGACGAGCAAGUCCUCGAUGCCUUCGUCGUCGUUGUCGUCGUCGUCCCGAGUAUUAGUAGUAGUGGACCGCCGUUGCGCGUUAAUUCCUAAAACGGCCGCGCGGUAGUACGCAGCGCUGUCGUACGGCUCUACUUUUCGUCACCGUCUACGCGCUCGUCGUCGUCGUCGUCGUCGUCGUCGUCGUCGUUGUACUGAGGAUUCGCCUGCCGUUUCUUGUUCCUUAAAUGGACGAGGAACAUCGAGCAUCAAUAUCGUGGCUGCCCAAAGGAAUUAUCAUGUAUCUUCUCAUUGUCUAAAGUUUCCCCGUCGCAAACGGUCGAAGAGAGACCCUAAGAAAAACAUGGCAGGGGUUGGAAAAAGAACUUACUUGCGGGAUGUGAAUCCCUAUCUCAUCUGUCCUCUAUGCAGAGGAUAUUUGAUAGAUGCGACGACGGUCGUUGAGUGCUUGCAUUCUUUUUGCAGAAGCUGUAUUCUAAAACAUCUUAAUGCGGAGGCACGCUGUCCCUCUUGCAAUCAUGUGUUGAAUAAGGCUAAACCAAACAUCAAAGCUGACAAAGCUUUACAAGAUAUCGUGUACAAACUAGUUCCUGGACUUUAUCAUAAGGAGAUGCGCAGAAGAAGAGAAUUUUAUAGAAGACAUCCCGAGCAUGCAGAUGUCGCGACUCCGGAGCAACGAGGGGAAGAUGUGAGCGGUCGAUUAAUCUUUGCGCCUGAAGACGCAGUCAGCUUGAGUCUCGAGUACCUUCCACCUGGUGCCGAUCCAUUGAAGAUCUUGUUGAGUACAAACGAAUCUGACCAUUCGUCUAACAAUAACAAUAGUAACAAUAACAACAAUAUUAGUAAUAGCAACACUGUCAACAACAACAAUAAUAAUAACAACAACAACAACAACAAUAGUAGUACUAGCAACAACAACAACAACAGCAUCAACAAUAACAAUAACAACAGCAACAACAAUAGUGGCAACAACAAUAGCAAUAAUAACAAUAAUAGUAGUAAUAGUAAUAAUGCUAGUAGCCACAUUACGAGCAAUAGACGGUAUCUUCAAUGUCCCGCUCUGGUUACGAUAGCGCAUCUUAAAAAGUUCUUAGCUUUGAAAUACAGCGUCGAUAUGACGAGAUACACUAUCGAAAUAUGUCAUCGAAGAGCACCCCUACCAGAACAUUGGACACUUAUGGACGUAGCCUACAUAUACGCUUGGAAAAGGAACGCUCCUAUGAGAUUCUUUUAUCGGGUUGCUCAAGAAGAACAAGCCUUGGAAGCACCUUUACACGAGAGACCAUCCACGCCUGGAUUAGGUGCUAGUUUGCCACCGAGCGACAAUUCGGUCAGCGACAAUGUGCGGGAUGAUGAUGCGGAACAAAUACUCGAGAUCGAACGUAAAACGAUGGAGGAUGACAAGGACGAUGUCGUAGAGAAAAAUGAAGUUGAAUCGUCCAAGGUGAAGUUACAAAUGCCAGUGGUCCUUUGCAGUCGUCUAAAAAUAUCGAAAGUGGCCGAAAAGGAUGAUAAGAAAAUGGAUGUGCCAUCUUCGACGGACGCUAGAACAUUACCGAUGACCUUGCCUUCUAUUACGACGGUGACGUCGACGAUAGGUACUACUACUACUGUGUGUUCGACAGCGAUCACACUUUCUGUGACUGCAUCUACCAUCACGGCAACAUCUGUCACUGCAACGGCAACUGCUACGACUGUAUCUCCAGCUGUUGCUAUAGCUACGGUUGCAUCUACAACUUUGGCUACAACUACUACGGCUACUGCUAUAACCACGGCUACAACUACUACGGCUACUGCUAUAACCACGGCUACGGAUACGGCUACAGCUACGACCAUGAUUACGACUACGGCUAUGACUACGACUACAACUACUACUACGACGAUACUGACUUCAACAACAGUGAAUACAAUGUCCACGAGUACGACCACCGCAACUAACACGAUGAUAACAUCUACGGUUAACGAGGAGGGGAGUAAGCAAGUCAAAACGCCGAUAAAAAUAUUGAAAAAUUCGGAUGGGAAUUACGAGGUGUUGAAGAAUCCGCCCCCUAAUUGGCAUUCCAGAGAACAAAAUCCAAAUUCUUGCGACGUCAAACCCACGAGCCCUGAAUUCAGUGUUGUUGAAAGGGAACCAUCUGGCGGAUUGCUAUUCCAGCAUCUUCAAAAAGAUAAGGACAAAUUUCAAACGAUGGAGAAACAGGAGAAACAGAAACGCAGAGUUACUUUUAUGGACAAACCAACUACGGUAAAGCCUAUGUUUAAUGUAUCGAAAACUAUAAUAAAAAAGACGACCGAGCAAAACGAUCGGAAAAAACAGUUCCUUCAAGGAUUUCAAUUGGCGGCCAAAGAACCAACGAUUGAGAAUAUACUUAUCGAUAAAAGCCCUAAGAUGAUCACCGGAAACGCAAAUCUAAUUAAUGAAAAUACAGCACAAACGAAUUCUAUCGUUAAUAAGAAAGAACAUAAUAACGUUAAAACAAAUGGUAUGGAAAUCGAAGGAACGACUGAAAAAACCAAUACGGAGAAUGGUAAUCCCGUAUUUGGAAAUUUAAUAAACGAUAAAAAAUCUAAUAAUAACAUAGUAACGAAUCCAUCUCAUAAUAUGAAAUCUAAUAUUAAUAAACCAUUUAUCGAUGCUGAGACACGCAUUAUUGGUAUAAAUACAACUAGAAAUAUUAACGUUAAUCCUAAUGUCAAUGUCAACAAUAGUCCUGUAAAGAUGGACGUCUAUACUUUUCCAAAUGAUCCACCUGUAGUUCCUGUAGGUGCUGUUAAGAGAAAGUGUCCACCUGGUUUACCAAUUUGUGAAGUUAAACGUAAACGGCAACAAACGCCUCCGACGCAAUCCGCGAAAAAGGCAAAUGUGUCACCACAAAGUGUUGCCAAAGCUUCCCGAAAAUGUGUAACCGAACAACAAAUCAUACCAACAAAGAAGCCUAUAAAUGUGGUGAAUGAUUCAGGUCCCAGUCGUACGCUUAAUGUCGCGACGCCCAAGACGUCACCAUCGAAUCCAUUAUUUUCAAAUGACACGAGGAACCUUUUGGAUGGUUGUGGUUUAAAUAUACCUGCCAGUUUGAGUAUAACAUUGACGGCCCCGAAAUCUCCCGGAAAUAGUGGAUGUUCAAACGAUAUCAAUGAUAUCAAAGAUAAUCGAAAAAAUGUUUUAGGAAAGGUGAGUCCAAGUAUUACACUUAACGAUAGAUGUGUCGAUCCUCGUGUAUUGAAAGCUCUGAAGACUGGACAAAUCAGGAUGCCUGCACCUCCUAAACCUAGACAAAUGAAACAACCAGAUCGCGAGAGUAAUCAUCAGCGUCAAACACCAACUGGGAAAAGGAAACGGGAACAAGAAUCCAGAGAUAUCUUGGAUUUGAGUGGUGGUAAAAAGAUGGAUAUACAUCCUUUGAGAAUACCUCAGCCAGUGACGAAACUAAAAGCGAAAUCGCCGAUAAGAGAAAAUAUACCAGGUAUCAUCGAUCAAGGACAAGUAGUUACAUUGAUGAGCGGUCAUCGAUAUUACAGAGCUCCACCAGGUUCUUUAACGCCGGCGGCUCAUCGUGUCAGCGAUUGUCCUCUUCCUACACCAGGACGUACUCCAGUUUACGCUCCAUCAGGAUUAUCUGGCUCAAUGAAUGGAAAUCGUACUAAUAAUAGUCUAUCGUCCGUGUUUCCAAGCUUGCAGAGCCUAUACGCUCUGAGCCAAGCACCGAAUCUUCAACAAUUUCAAAUGGACGCGAUUAUGAGAUUACCGCGAGGUGGAGGAAAUAGUGGUGGUAGUGCUGGAGGCGUAGGCGGAGGCGGUAACGGGGGCGGAGAUAAUACAGUUCCGAAUAGCUGUAUAUCUAAUAACAUAGCAAGUUCCGAAAGUGUUAGUGUUAGUGGUAAUGUACCUGGUAAGAGUCACUUAGCUGCACAGUGUGCUCCUGUGAAGCCCGCUAGAUCCUCGGUUGCACCUUUAGCAGUUCCUAUCACGAAGCAUCAAUCGACCGAACGGACUAUGUCUAAUUGCUUAAACAGACAAAUUGUGAACGAUACAAACAAAAAUAUGACUUUCCGUAAUAACGAUAAUUCACCGACUUCGGCCGAUAUCGUUGAGAGACUUUUCGCUCAGCCAAAAUACUCACCGGUUCUCGAUAGCAACGACAAAUUCGUUGUUCGAAAGGAAAAUGGAAAAACUACGAGUAGCAUCGAUGAUAAAACAACGUCUUCUAAUAUAUCGCGUGAUCUGAGAUUAGAAUUGAUUCCGGAUAAUUCGAACGACCGUAACAAUUCCGUGGGUCAACAACAACAGCAGCUGCAGCAGCAACAACAACAACAACAACAACAACAACAACAACAACAACAGCUACAACAGCAACAGCAACAGCAACAACAACAACACCAGCAGCAACAACAACAACAACAACAGCAGCAACAGCAACAACAGCUCCAGCUACAACAACAACAACAACAGCUCCAGCAACAACAACAACAGCAGCAGCAGCAGCAGCAGCAACAACAACAACAACAACAACAACAACAACAACAACAACAACAACAACAACAACAACAACAAUAUAAUCGCGAAGCUGCGAGUCCGAGAGUUUCUUCGACCGCUUCACCGUCUCCACCUCCAAGCGAGAGUAAUGGCAAUGGUUGCGUAGAUGAAAAUAGAGUAGUAAUUAGAAAACAGGAAGACGGUGUUACGAUCAAUCGUUCGGAUGACAAUCGAAACGAUAUGCCGGCCUCAUCGAACUCUUUAAAAAACAAUCCUAACGCCGAGGUCUCAAGCACAAAGUCUCCUGCCAGUCCGGACUCGAGUUCCGUCGCUGCGGACAGUUCAGUCGUUAAAGUUUGCCCAAAUGCGGAUCAACAACAAACUUCCUCGUCUACGCAGGAGUCAGAACGUAAUGUUAAAUCUAACGAAUCAACGAAUAAAACGGUGGACGUUUCUACGGGCGAAAAUUCUUCCGUUGACGGUGAAAAAAGUAAAACCAAUGCGACGAAAUUGACGGACGGUAAACAAAUGACAUCUGAAAUGUUACAAAAGAGAUUAUUGGCGGCAUUUCCGACGAACGAAUGGGCGAACAAUCCGAUAGCGGCCGAACAUUUGGGAAACUUUUUAAAGAGUUUAAAUGCAUCGAUGAAAACGGAAAACAAUAAGAUUAAGGAUAAAACGAUCGAGAAUAUCGGCGAAAGUGAUAAAGAUAGUGUUAAAACAAUAUUUACGAACAACGAGGUGUCGUCGAAUCAACAAAAGGAAAUCGGCGAACGUUCGUAAUCAUUUUAUAUUAUUUCGUUAAUAAUAGUUUUGGAUUUAAAUAAAAAAGAAAAGAAAAAAAAAUGAAGAAGAAGAAGAAGAAGAAAGAAAAAAAAAGAAAGAAGGAAGGAAAGAAAGAAAGAAAGAAAGAAAGAAAGAAAGAAAGAAAGAAAGAAAGAAAGAAAGAAAAAAAAAAAACUCGUAACGACGCGAUUGUCGUUAGAAAAGAGGGUCCAUCAUUGCUUAUGAUUCUCGAGAGACUAACGAGCAGACACUGCCAUUUAAUUAUCUAAAAAAAGAAAAAAGAAAAAAAAAAAAAAGAAAAAAAAAAGAAGAAAAAA